AACAUAUUGGCCCAUGAAAGCCCACGCCAAUUAGGGUUUUAGGUAUAUAUCAACGCUUCCUUCUUCUUCAUUCAACCUUUACAAAACAACGCAACAAAAUCGCCGGUGCUGGUGUUCAUCGUAAAAAUGGUUGGCUAUAAGUUUCACCAGUAUCAAAUUGUUGGAAGAGCUCUUCCUACUGAAAAAGAUGAACAUCCGAAGAUUUAUCGCAUGAAACUUUGGGCAACCAAUGAAGUUCGUGCCAAAUCUAAGUACUGGUAUUUCUUGAGGAAGAUUAAGAAGGUUAAGAAAAGCAAUGGACAAGUUUUGGCUAUCAAUGAGAUCUUUGAGAAGAACCCCACCAAGAUUAAGAACUUCGGAAUUUGGUUGAGAUACCAGAGUCGUACUGGUUAUCACAACAUGUACAAGGAAUACCGUGAUACUACUCUCAACGGUGCUGUGGAGACAAUGUACAACGAAAUGGCAUCUCGUCAUAGGGUCAGGUUUCCAUGCAUCCAAAUCAUUAAGACCGCCACCAUCCCAGCCAAUCUUUGCAAGAGAGAGAGCACUAAGCAGUUCCACAAUUCCAAAAUCAAGUUCCCCUUGGUGUUCAAGAAGAUUAGGCCACCAACUAGGAGCCUGAAAACAACAUACAAAGCAAACAAGCCCAACCUGUUCAUGUGAUUCAGUGAAUCACAUUUCCCUUGUCAUUUUGGAGUUGCUUUGUUUAUCAGUUAGCAAAUUAAGAGCUUACUGAAGAUAAUCGUGUUUUAACAAACUUCAUUACUAGUAAACUCGGACAUAGUUUGCAUUUUUUCCUGGUUUGUUAUUUAUUGAGCAUUUUGUUUCAUCUUUUUGUUAUGCAGUUAUUUAGUUUUCUCUUUUUGAUGUACUGGUACAAGAUUGAUUUUGAAUUUACUGAUAAUUACUUUUGUUUCGGAUAA